AUGCUCCUCUUCUGCCCCUCCUGCAGCAACAUGCUCAUCAUAACGCAAAUCCCCGCCGCGCACUGCACGCCCGAAGAAGACGAACUGCCAGGCCAAAACCGCUUCGAAUGCCGCACCUGCCCCUACCAAAUGGUCCUCGACCGCCGGUACUACGAGCGCAAGACGAUGAAGCUUAAAGCCGUCGAAGAUAUCCUAGGUGGUGCGGAUAGCUGGAAGAAUGUUGAUCAGACUGAUGCGAAAUGCGCCAAUGAGAACUGCGAUAGCCGCAUGGCGUACUUUCGACAGGUGCAGAUUCGGAGUGCAGAUGAGCCCAUGACGAGUUUCUACAAGUGCGUCAAGUGCACUCGCGAAUGGCGGGAGAAUUGA